AUGUGGAAUGGAACAUGGAAAUCAGCACAGCCACUCAGGCGGGUGUUGUUUGCUGCUGCGUUUUCAACGGGCGCGUAUGGCUUCACAAUGCACAGAGAUCGAUUCGAAAAGUUUCCAACGACGGCACUUAGCCCAAACUUCAUUUUCAGUGCUUUGGGUAUGACAGCAAAGGAAUCUGAGAGGCAGACACGAUGUGAAAGUACCAAUACUUGGCCUGAUCCUUCGCCAUAUAAGCUUAUGGAGGUACCAGAUCGCACUCCUGAAGAUAAGCAUGCCAUCUUUGAUCUUCUUCUCGGGAACAAUAUGAUCGAGAAAUACGAAGUAUACAAGCGACCCACUGGAUCGACAGAUGACAACGUUGUCAUUGCGCACAUUGCAUUCGGUGAACACUUGGAUGGGCAUACUGGUAUUGUACAUGGUGGAAUUUUGUCGCUAAUGUUCGACGAUUUGUUGGGAUUCGGAUUCUAUUCUCUUGGCAUUCCAAUGGCCUUUACAGCGAAUCUGAACGUUGAUUAUCGUUCUCCUGUUCCCGCCGGGACUCGUGUUCGUGUUGUUGCCCAACUUGAGUCUCGAGAAGGACGCAAACUAUUCUGGAAAGCGCAAAUGACAAGUCUUGACCAGCAGGUACUUUAUGCUGAAGCCAGUAGUUUGUAUAUAAUACCAAGAUCUCAUGCAGGCAAAUGA